AUGGACCGGGAGGCUCUGUCGGACACGCAGGAGCGUACCUUCUGCAAAUGGUUAAACACGAAACUGGAGUCCAAUGGCUAUCCGCCUAUGAAGUCUUUACGCACAGACCUAUCUGAUGGCGUGCGGCUGAUACAACUCAUGGAAAUUAUGGGCGACGUCUCUCUUGGAAGGUACAAUAAGGCACCCAGGAUGCGCGUACAGAAGGCGGAGAACGUGAAUAAGGCUCUGGAAUUCAUCAACUCGCGUGGCGUCAAGCUCACGAACAUCGGGUCUGAAGACAUCAUUGACGGCAACUUGAAGCUCAUUCUGGGCAUGAUCUGGACCCUGGUACUACGAUUCACGAUCGCAGACAUCAAUGAGGAGGGGCUUUCCGCUAAGGAGGGUCUUCUCCUAUGGUGUCAACGCAAGACGGAGCCGUACAACGAAGUCAAUGUACAAGACUUCUCAUUCAGUUGGGCCGACGGUCUUGCUCUAUGCGCUCUCAUUCACUGUCAUCGACCAGAACUCCUAGACUAUGACAAGCUCGAUAAGAGUGACCGUCAUGGUAACACCCAGCUUGCAUUUGAUGUCGCCCGAGAGCACCUUGGCAUCCCGCAACUACUUGAAGUGGCUGAUCUCUGCGACUCAAGAAAACCGGACGAGCGUAGUGUCAUGACAUACGUUGCGAGUUACUUUCACGCUUUCUCUUCGCAAGAUCAACGAGAGACCGUUUCGCGCCGCCUCGAGAAGAUGGCGGAGCUCAUGCAGUCUAUAUGGGUCAGCAGGAAUGACUACGAGCGUCGAGUCCGCGCUCUCAUGUCCGCAUUCAACGGCAUCCAAGAUGAAUGGUCCACUGCCACAUUCUCAGGCACGUAUGCGGAUGUGAAGGAGCGCGCGGCGGACCAUGCCCUCUAUAAGCAGACGACGAAGCGGCAAUGGGUCACGGAAAAACAGGACGUCGCAACACUGUUCGGAAACGUGCAGACGAAGCUCAAGACGUACAGGAUGCGAGAGUAUAUGCCGCCUCCUGGGCUGAGGUUGAUCGAUCUCGACGACUCAUGGAACGAACUCCUGCACGCUGAAGCCCGACGAUCACGAGCAAUCAACGCGAAGAUCCGAGAAAUCCAAGAAGCAGCCCGUCAAAAGUUUGCUAACCUCGCAAACGACUUCCAAAGACGGUUGCAUGAGAUCUCGGUUGAGCUCUCUGGCAUUGAAGGGCCGCUUGAGGAGCAGCAGAAGCAGGUUGAGAGCUUACAGGCACGGAUACCCGCGCUUACCGAGAUCCUCAAGACGGUCGAAGAAGCGGAAGCCGAGUGCGACGCGGCAAAGGUCGAGGAGAACGACUAUACUGUGUACUCGUUGCAGGACCUGGAGUUCGAGCUUGAACUCGUCAAUCAGAGUCUAACGAAGAAGAUCGGGUUCAUCGACAAUCAGAUCGUAUCGAGGAACAUGACGAACCUCACGCCUGCGCAGUUGGAACAGUUCGAGGGAACGUUCCGGUACUUUGAUCGAGAUGAAACGAAUACACUCGAUCUUCCGGAGAUGGAGGCUGCCCUCGCCAGCCUGGGCAUCGUCUACGCUGAGGAGGACUUGUACAUCAUCUACGAAGAUCUCAUGCGCGAGUACGGCGCCAUCACAUUCGAGGCAUUCAUCAACCUUCUCGUCGGUAUCACUGAGGACCAAAUGUCUCUGGACCAGCUUCGGGAGGCGUUCCAGGGCGUCGCUGGCGAUAAGCCCUACGUUACGGAGCUGGACCUCCGUCUCGCACACAUACCCGCUAGCGGGAUUGAAUUCCUGCGCGAAGCGAUGCCCUCGAUCCCCAAUGAAGUGGGCGAGCCGCAGUACGACUUUGCUGGAUGGCUUGAUAGUGUGUUCGAAUAG